AUGUGCAUCAAACAACAAUUCAACGAGAAUGUCGACAAUGGCGACAAUGGCGAAAAUGACGAGCGUACCAAGGAAAACAAAUGUCCAAUAUGCCAAAAACAACCUCGCUUUGCCAGAUGUGGACAUCGCUGGUUUGGCUCUCAUAACAUGCCAGCCGAACAUGCAGCUAUAAACUUGGUGCCACAGGUCCUUGACGAGGGUGUUGAAAUCCCCGACAGCUGCCAUAAGUGCUGGUUGCGAAUGACUGCCGCACAGUUCAAAGAAGUCUACUUUGCAUUGUGGAGUCACCGUGUAUUGCUUGGUGAAUUUGAGUUGAUGAUCUACAGUGAGACUCGGAUGGAAUGCACACGACCAUAUGCUGUUUACUACCUCAGUACCAACUACGAGGUUCUCGACAACAUUAAUUUCUGCCGCGUACGCCCGACGAUUCUCGAUUGCCUCAAUGGGGGGCAGACGGAAUGGAAAUGGCUCUCUUGGUUGGGCAAUCCAAACUAA